UCACAGUGAAUUGAAAACUAUCGAAGUGAUCAAGUAAUAUUCCUCCUCUGUGUUUCGUACAUUACACUUCUGCAAGUCAAGAAACAAGACUGAAUUCGGAGAUGGAAUUAGGGAGUCAUUCUCUGGAGACAAACAGUAGCAACAUUACUUGCAGGGAAGGACCCUGUCAAGCGUUAACCUCCAAAUAUGGAGAGGCAUCCAAGAGAAAGCUGAUGAUAGCACUCGUAGCCUCUGUCAUUUUCAUGACAGUGGAUAUUGUUGUAGGCAUCAAAGCCAAUAGUUUGGCAAUUCGGUCCGAUGCGCUACAUGUCUUAGCAGAUGUUGUGGCAUUCGCAAUUUCUGUGUUCUCAGUUUGGGCAUCGGGAUGGAAAGCAACUCCAGGCAAGACUUAUGGCUUCUUAAGGAUUGAAACCCUAGGUGCUUUCUUUUCAAUCCUUAUAAUAUGGCUCACUGCUGGUAUUCUAAUUUAUGAAGCCAUUGAGAGACUUAAGAAUGGCAACCCUGGCGAAGUUAAAGGCUCUCUCAUGUUUAUUGUUUCCACCGUGGGUCUAGUGCUUAACAUCGCCAUGGCGGUCUUGUUGGGUCAUGAUCACAACCAUGGCAACAGCCAUGGUGAUCAUCAUCAGAACGAGGAUCAUGAUGAUGAUGAUCAUACAGAUAACAAUGGGACACAUCACAAUCGUCGCAAUAUGAACCUCCAUGGGGCAUAUCUUCAUGUACUUGGGGAUAUCAUUCAGAGCAUUGGAGUGAUGGUCACCGCAGUGGUCAUAUGUGCUAAGCCUGAAUGGAAGAUCGCUGAUCUCAUAUGCACACUAGUAUUUUCAAUAGCUGUGCUGGCUACAACCAUCGGCAUGCUGCGGAAAAUUGUUGGGGUUCUUAUGGAGAGCACUCCAAGAGGGAUCGACACCUUAAAGCUUGAGAAAGCUUUGUGUGAGCUGGAUGCAGUAGUUGCCUGUCAUGAACUGCACAUAUGGUGCAUAACUCCUGGGAAGAAUUUACUAACUUGCCAUCUAAUUGUCAACCCAGAAGCUAAUUCUUAAAGGGUGUUAGAAAUUGCUAUAAAUUAUAUCAAAACAGAGUACAAUAUAACUCAUGUAACAAUUUCAAAUUGAGCCUCAGCA